AUGAGAUUGCAGAAAUACAUAGCAAGGAACCAGAGUCCAUUCCUGCAUACAGAAUCUCUCCAGACCUCAUCAAAUUUCGAGGUCGACACUGGUGGACUCUCCUCUUCACCCCACAGGUUUUCGCUUGCGUUUAAGUCAGGGAACUGGGAUGGCCAAGAUGGUCAACCUAAUCCUCAGUUCUACAGACAUCUCUUGGCUUUCGUUUUCGCCGUUGAUGAGAUAAACAGUAAUCCAUAUAUUUUGCCCAAUGUGACUCUGGGAUACCAUGUCCUUGAUUCCUGUGGACAUGUGAACAAGGCUGUAGAGAAUGUGUUGCACAUACUAUCUGGACCCGUUAAAACCGUCCCUAAUUACUCGUGUAGGAAAUAUAGCAAAGUGGUUGGAGUUAUUGGCGACCUGUCUUCACAAACAUCCUUACACAUUGCGAACAUAAUGAAUUUAUACGGAUUCCCUCAGAUCAGCUACGGAGCAACAGAUCCUGUUCUAUCCAACAAACGUUUGUAUCCAAAUUUCUAUCAGACCCUUCAGAAUGACCAGGCCCAGUUUGAUGCCAUUGUAAAGUUACUCAGAUAUUUUGGUUGGAACUGGGUGGGUAUCAUUGCCUCGGAUGAUGACAGCGGAGAAACGCAGCGUCGGGAGCUGGAGAAAAUGGCUGCCAUCCAUGGAAUAUGUAUCGAGUUCUCCUUACAGUUACCUCCCAAUAAAUACUAUAAACGUAUAGAGGUUAUAAAUAGAAACAGACGUAUUAUUAACAGAGCAACCUCGCAGAUUGUGAUACUCUGCGGCACAGCAUCGUACCGCUCCAUGUAUUUGUUCACGGAUGAAAGUGGAGACAUUCACCAAAAGACUUUUAUAAUCCCUGCCAGCUGGAAUGUUAUCAUUUACAAUAGAAAUGAGUCUUCCUUUCCAUUUAAUGGUAGUCUGGUAUUUACACGUCCUGAUAAAAUGAUUCCUAGUCUUCAGAAUUUUCUAGAAAAUGUCAGGCCAUCAAAUCGACCCAAUGACAUUCUACUUGAAGAUAUACGGGCAUAUUACUUUAACUGCUUAACAUCAAAUCCAGUCUGGAAUGGAGUAAUACAAUACUACUUCAAAACCGGUUACAGAAAUUGUAGCGCGACGGAGGGAAUCAUUAAACUUGGCCGACAGUACUAUGACACUGUUAGAUUUGGAACCACGUAUCACGUAUACAAAGCAGUUUAUGCCAUGGCUUCUUCUUUGCAUGAAAUGCAAUUAUACAUUAUCAGGAAUCCAGAGAACCCUUUACCUACGUAUCAGCAGUUUUUAAGGAAAGUUCACUUCAGAGAUCCUACCGGAGAAGAGGUCUACUUUAAAGAAAAUGGAGAGAUGCCCUCAGUGUAUCAUGUAAAGAAUCAGAUUUUUUUACCAAAUGGAAACAACAUAGAAAAACAUGUUGCAAUCAUUGAUCUAUCGGCUCCGGAAGGGAAACAGCUCAACAUUCGCCAGAGGCUAAUAACUUGGAAAUAUAAUACCAAGGAGGUUCCUUAUUCUCGUUGUUCCAAAGACUGUCUUUCUGGAUAUAGAAGGGUUUUACAAAGGGGAAAGCACACCUGCUGCUUCGACUGCGUCCAGUGCUCAGAGGGAGAGAUCUCCAAUAAAAUAGACAAAGACUCUUGUCAAAAAUGUGCAGAUGACCAGUGGCCAAAUGAGAAGAAGGACAAAUGCGUUAAGAAGCCCACUGAGUUUUUAUCAUAUGAUCAGGAUGCAGUUGCCAUGGUUCUUUGUAUAAUCUCUGUUACCUCAUCUGUCAUAACCUGCAUUAUUUUAGGUAUAUUUAUUUUAUACCAGGACACUCCCAUUGUUAAAGCCAAUAACCGUAAUCUGAGUUUCGUCCUCCUGGUUUCCCUCAUCCUGAGCUUCCUCUGUGUGUUUCUGUUCCUCGGUCGUCCUGAGGAUGUAACCUGCAUGCUGCGACAAACUGCUUUUGGGGUCAUCUUCUCAGUAGCUGUGUCUUCUCUGUUGGCCAAAACUCUCAUGGUCUGCAUCGCGUUCAAGGCCACCAAACCCGGCAGCAAGUGGAGAAAAUAUAUUGGAGUCAAAAUACCCAAUUUUGUUGUGUUUAUCUGUUCAUUUAUUCAGGUUGUCAUUUGCAUCUGCUGGUUGUCUAUUUCCCCUCCAUACCAAGAAAUGAACAUUCACUCCUACCCUGGAAAGAUCAUUAUUCAGUGUAAUGAGGGGUCAGUGGUUGCCUUUUACACUGUUCUGGGGUACAUGGGAUUCCUGGCCGCUGUGAGUUUCGUUGUCGCUUUCCUGGCCAGGAAAUUGCCGGACAGUUUUAAUGAAGCCAAAUACAUCACCUUCAGCAUGCUGAUCUUCUGUAACGUCUGGAUCUCUUUUAUCCCGGCUUAUAUGAGCGUUAUGGGCAAAAACACAGUGAUUGUAGAGAUUUUUGCUAUAUUAACUUCUAGCGCUGGGAUUCUUGGUUGUUUAUUUUUUCCUAAAUGCUGCAUUAUUCUUCUAAGGCCAGAUAUGAAUUCAAAGAAACACCUGCUAAGAUUGGAAUGUUAA